GAGGCCUGAAAUUCUUUCCGAGUUGUGUGGUAGCCAGUCUUAGUUGCCUAGGCAGUAUAGACACCAGCUACGGACGUGGUUGAUUUUUGCUGGGAGAUAAGCUUACCGUUGGCGCAUAGUACGAGAGUCUGGUCUUGGAUUGCUCAUUCUUGCAACUCCAUCUCUUCCUGUACUACGCUUCGUUGUCUGGUCGCAGCUCCGCAAUUGCCUGCAUUGCCCAAUGUCGCUUCUCCAGGAGCACUGACGGCAUGACAGCAGGCACGUUCAGAUGAUCCUUGGAUGAGAUGUUCAGAUAAAAAACUCUGAUUAUAAAAAGCUCUGAUUAUAAAAAGCUCUGAUUAUAAAAGCUCUGAUGAUAGCUGCGACAAGUCAGUUGCAAUUCAAGGGCAGAGAGCGAAGAGAUAGCCCAGGAGAUUUAGACCAGGAGUUAUAACCAGGCAUGCCGGACCAGAAGCUUCCUUGAAGCAGCGCUUCUAUCUUAGCUGAUCCUUCCUUCAACCAGUGUUUCUAUCUCGGUUUAGAUCUUUCCGCGAUCGUUCCGCCAAGAUGCCGAAGGAGAGCCCAGCGCCGCACAUCGGCUACAAGCCGGCUCCCCGCGUGCUCCUUCCGAAGCCUCGCGACACCGUCGCCAUCAACCGCCUCGCGAUCCUCCUCAUGUGGUUACCCGUUUUCGCCAUCCUGCUCGUGAUCCUCGGCGGAGCGUCCGAGCGUCUCCCGGUGUGGGACUCCGGCCUGCUGGAUGACGUGGACGAGGCGCUGACGCGGCGAGCGCUGAGUCAGCUGGAUAAGGAUGAUGAGCUGGCAGCUGUCGGGAGGACGCGUGACGUGGCUCCUAAAAUCGCGUUUCUGUUUCUCGUGCGAGGGCCGCUACCACUUGCUCCCGUGUGGGAGAGAUUCUUCAAGGGCCACCAGGGGCGCUACUCCGUGUACGUCCAUGUAUCCACGCCCAAUGUCACUCUCGACGACGUGGUCGAUUCACCCAGCUUCAAGGGCACUCAGGUGCCGGGCGUACGUAUCUCCUGGGGCGGGCCGAAUUUGAUUAGAGCGGAACGGCGGCUUCUGGCUGCUGCCAUCGCGGAUCCGGCUAACCAGCGAUUCGUGCUCGUGUCAGACAAGUGUCUCCCCAUAUUCAACUUCACGUAUGUGUGGGACUACCUCUUUGCCACCAACGUCAGCUUCAUCACAAGCUAUGAGAGUGGGUGGAGGUGGGUCUUCACCAUGGCUCCUGCGAUCAAGAGAUAUCAGUUCAGAAAGGGGUCGCAGUGGUUUGCACUAACUCGCACGCAUGCAGCAAUGAUUGUGAGGGACACCAAGUACUACGACCUGUUUGUAGAGACCUUCUCUGAGAUCCCUGACGAGAGCUACAUCCAAACAGUUCUUGCGAUUAAAGACCCAGAAAAUGUGGACACACGCAGUGUACUGUAUGUGCACUGGGGUGGGGCGAUAUCACGGCACCCGGCUUCGUACACUCCUGAAGAAAUCAAUCCCGACUUUAUCCGGAAAAUUCAGCAAGACUACAUGGUUCCAGCUGAGACCAUAUACACGUUGACACUCUCCGGGAGCCGGCCGUGCACACUUGCGGGCAAACAUACCCAUUGCUUCCUAUUUGCUCGUAAAUUUGAGCUCAACACCAUUCCUGCAUUCUUGAAGUUAGGCGAUGUUGUGGGAUAUUAGCGUAACAUGAGCAAUGUUCCUUCUAUUUGAACGACCAUCUUACUUCCAUAAUCAUUGUAAUUGGAAUGUAUAAGUGGG